CCUGAAAAAUCCACAAACGAACCGGUGGCAUUUCGAAAGCAGCGAUAGAUACCCGUAUCCAAACCUAGAGAAAACCGGAAAAAACAGCAGAGCACGAACCGGAGGGGGGGAAAAUGGUAUCGGAUUCGGAGCUGAUCGAGCGGCUGCGGGAAUUCCUGAGCACGUCGGACCUGAACACGACCACAACUGCUAUCGUACGCCGGCGGCUCGAGCAGGAGUUCGACAUCGAUUUGUCGGAUAGGAAGGCGUUUAUCAGAGAACAGGUCGAUGUUUACAUGCAGAGCCAAUUCGAAAGUGUAGCCAAUAAUGAAGAUGAAAUUAAUGAUGAAGGAGCGGCGGAAUUGGCGGAGGAGGAAGAGGAGGAGGAAGAAGUAGAAGAAGAAGAGGAAGGAGAAGAAGAAUCGGUUUCCUCUAGUAACCCAAAAGCUUCCACCAAAAAACGAUCUAAAAAGAAAAAGGAGGUCAAGAAAAGAAGUGGAGGAGGAGGGUUUACCAAGUUAUGCACCCUUUCCCCAGAGCUUCAGAAAUUUACGGGAGUACCUGAAUUGGCUCGUACCGAGGUUGUGAGGCAGCUGUGGAGUUAUAUUAAAGAGAACAAUUUGCAAGAUCCGUCAAAUAGGAGAACUAUCAUUUGUGACGAUACAUUGCGCAACCUUUUUGAGGUGGAUUCCAUAGAUAUGUUCCAAAUGAACAAGUCCCUGGCAAAGCACAUAUGGCCCUUGGGUUCUGAUAGUGCAGCUCCGGUGAAUGCUGCACCUGUAGAGAAACGGAAGCAAGAGAGAGAUGAAGAUGAAGAAGAACCAGAGAGAAAAGAAAAGCGUCCAAGGGGUGCAGCUUUUCUUGUUCCUCUAAAACUGUCUGAUGCUUUGGUGAAGUUUCUUGGCACUGGAGAAAGUGAACUACCUCGUUCAAAUGUUGUUAAGAGGAUCUGGGAUUACAUCAAGUUAAAUAACUUGCAGGAUCCGUCUGACAAAAGACAAAUAUUAUGUGACGAGAAGUUGAAAGAACUUUUUAACGUGGACACGUUCCAUGGGUUUACAGUUGCGAAACUCCUAACUGCUCAUAUCAUAAAGCCAGAAAAGUGAGUUGCUCGUAUGUAAUUCUGCACUGACAGCCAAUGAAGCACUCGUUUUUUUUUUCUUGUUUUUUCUUUUUUUUUUGGUCGAGUAAAGAUGUUGUAUGAGGCUGUCCUCGUUUUUGUUCUUCCCUUAAUUUAUAGCACAAAAGAAAGAUUUGAAAAAAAAGAAAAUCCAAAUUUCCCCUGUCAACUUCUUGAAAUGUCAUCUUGUAACUUCUCUCGGUGCUAAUCCACCUAUCUAAUGAGAAAUGUAAUUACAUUGUAUCACUGUAUUGCUCUAAUUCUCAUUUCACAUUUUCAUGUUUCUUCUAUUCGAUAAGACUUGAAGUUUUUGAAUUGUAGUGAUAUACAGACGUAACGUAUUUUACGGAA